GCCGGGGCUACGGGCAUGGGCGGGCGCCGCAGGGUCCGGCCCCCGGCAGCCGCCCCUCCCGUCGGGGCGGGGAUGGGACACGUCGUUUUCCGGAAAGCCCCGGCCGUAGUUUCGUUUCUCCGAGUUUUGUGUCUGGCUCUUGGGGCGGCUGCGGACGGGGCGAUGGCGGCGCUGGAGUCGGAGUCGGGCCUGUCAGGGCUGGAGGAAGAGCUCACCUGCUCCAUCUGCCUCUGCCUGUUCAGCAGCCCCGUGACGGUGCCCUGCGGCCACAACUUCUGCUCCUCGUGCCUGGAGCUCAGCUGGGCCGGCCUCUCGGGGGGCUUCAGCUGCCCGCAGUGCCGGGCCACCUUCGCGGGCCGGCCGCAGCUGCAGAAGAACACGGUGCUGUGCCGGGUGGUGGAGCAGCUCCAGGGCCGCGGCGGGGCCAAGGGCGAGGAAGAGGAAAAUGAGGAUGGGGAGGCGGGGGGGUGCUGGGCGGGGGGGGAGCCCCCCGUGUCCUGCGACAGCUGCCAGGAGGCGCCGGCCGUGCAGACCUGCCUGACCUGCACCGCGUCCUUCUGCGCCGAGCACCUGCGGCCGCACCGCGACAGCCCCGCCUUCCGCGACCACCAGCUCUGCCCGCCCCUGCGGGACCUGCAGCAGCGCAAGUGCCCCCAGCACAACAGGCUCUUUGAGUUCUUCUGCAGCCAGCACGGCGUCUGCAUCUGCUCCCUCUGCCUGCUCGGGCACAAGACGUGCCCCACCAGCCCCUUGGAGCAGGCGAAAGCCGCUGCCCAGAGUAUUUUGUUUACAAACUGUUCAUUUGAAACCAGUGCCUAUCUGCUCUUUCUGCUCCAGGAGACAGCUUCAAGAAAGAAGGAAUUGAUCAGAAAUGAGUUUUCAGAAAUUAAAGCUUUAAUUGAAGAAAGAGAAAAUGAGAUCAUGAAAGCAAUUACAGAGGAAGAAAAGAGAGUUUGGAAUAAAUUUGAUUAUAUUUAUAGUGUUCUGGGAAAUAAGAAGAAAGAAAUUCUGUCUCUCAAGGAUCAGAUUGAGAUGGCACUGACUGAAAGUGAUGACGUUCUAUUUUUGAAGAGAGCAGCAGCACUGCAACGAACAUCAACAAAAGAGGCUUUUGUUCCUGUAGUUGAAAUGGACCAAAAUGUGAUGCAUUCCACUUACCAGUCUGCCAUUAUCCUCAAAGACAUAGUGAAAGUUUCAUUGAUUCAGAGUAGGGAGAAAAAAGAAGAAGCCAAACCUGUGAAAAUUAAGCUUCAGAAGAGCCAUGAAGAGAAAAAGAAAGCUGCUAAAGUUGCAGCAACCACUACACCAACCACCACAUCUGCUGCUGCUGCUGCUAAAGAGCUCAUUGACAGCUUCCUGAAGAAACCCAGAGAGGAGCUUCUGCAGUAUGCUGCCAACAUCACUCUGGAUUACAACACAGCUCACAACACGGUGGUUUUGGCUGAGAACUACACCAGGAUGUCCAUCUCAGACACCUUCACAGGUCACAAGUACCACCCUCAGCGCUUCACCGAUUACCGCCAGGUGCUGGGCUUCCAGUGCUUCAAGAGAGGCAUCCACUACUGGGAGGUGCAGCUGCAGCAGGGCAGCUUCUGUGGCAUCGGGGUGUGCUACGGCAGCAUGGAGCGGCAGGGCCCCGACAGCCGCCUGGGCAGGAACAGCAAGUCCUGGUGCAUCGAGUGGCUCAACUCCAAAAUAUCAUCCUGGCACAAUGAUGUGGAAAAGUCCCUGCCCAACACAAAGGCUACCAAGAUUGGGGUGCUGCUGCACUGUGAUGGGGGGUUUGUGAUUUUCACAGCGGUGGGGGAGAAGCAUAACUUGAUCUAUAAAUUCAAAGCUCAGUUCACUGAAGCCUUGUACCCAGCCUUCUGGCUGUUUUCCAGUGAUGCUGUUCUCUCUCUCUGUCACAUGAAAGACUAAGAUCUUGUAUCUCAGUUUAGUUCAUUUAAUAAUCUGUCUCAAAGAUUGAUUAUUUGAUACAAAAAUUAUCAUCUCUUUUAAGCAGUUUAGGAAAUCUGUCAAUUCUUUGGUCUGAAUUGCUAAAGCCUUUAGAUAGUGAUUUAGCAAAAUGUUGGUGAUAGUAAAAACUACAAUGGUUUGCAAAGGUCUUGAUUGCCCUAAAAUCAAAUGGUAAAUGUGGCCCUUGUGGCUCCUGUGGUUUCCUUUAAAGGAGCAACAGAAUUAAUGUGUUCCAUGGGUAGCAACAACCCCUUUGAGAAAGAAACAGGAAGAAUUCCGUGACAAAUUCAGGCUUUGAUGGAGGUCUCACUGUUGCCCUUUUGCCUGUGCAGACUGUUGUCCAUACAGGUGUUCUCAGUCUAUGACUCCACCAGGUGCUACAGAAAGAGCUGUUAAAUCCCUAAGUUCAGCUCUUAUGGCUCUGAGUUAUAAAAGCCAAUAGGACAGAUCUCAUCAAAUGGAACUGCAGAGAGUUUCAGAAUUGAUGGGAAAGAAAUUAUAUUAGAAUCACCAGGAAACAAAUGACAUUAACCCAGACAUGGGGAAUACACCAGAGAGUUGUCAGGAAGACAGAGCAGAGCAGUGCUGUGCAUCCUGUGAUGAAGAUUUUGGGAUGAAGCAUUCUGUGUCAUGUGACCCAGAGCAUGCUUCACAUCUUCAUGCUGAAGGCUCUUCAGUGCUGGGGUUUUGUGUGUGCUGAGGAGUUCAGGGGGUGCAUUCCUGUUCUCAGGGUCUCCCCUCAUAAAGCUUUUCCUCUUUAUGAGGUGGGAUAUUCUCUGCUGGUGUAUCUUUUGUUGUUCAGGUGGUAGAAACUGGAUGGAUUUCUUUCAUGUUUUUGAGACUCCAGUUUGAGGAGUCCCAAGACAGAUUGCAAGUAUCUGGAAAAUGCUGUUUCUCUCUGUAUGAGGCCUGUGGACAGACAGGAUGAGUCUUGACAUACAGAGGAUUUGCACAAAGGAGAAUAUGCAUCCAUUCCUCCUGGGAUGGAUUUUUAAUUCUCCUGUUGUUCUUGAGUUGUGGUAUGUCUUCAGAAGUUCUCACCAGGUACAGAGAAAUCUGUACUUCUUACUUAUAACUUUAAAACAAUCUGUAGGCAGUCAAGGUAUUUGGAUCUCAUAGUUCUUGGGCCUGUAUCUUGUUGGUGCCUCUGGACUUAGUGUGCCAGUUCUUACUUCUUGUAGCCCAUGGGAAGCUCAGACGAGACCUGUCCUGGACUUUGAUUUGUUAAACUCCCCUUACAGGACUUGGUGAGAUAGAACACAAAGCCACUGCUGGCAGUUUGGCAGGGAAUUGCUAAAAGGCUGAAAAGAACCUCUGUGACUACAUUCCACAUUAGCCAAAGAGCUUUGGAGAGAGGCUUUCAGGAGUUCAGGCUUGGUGUCUCUAUUUUUUCUCGGUUUGUAAACCCUUAGUACUUUGUCAAGGGUAGCACAGGUCUCAUUUAUUCCAAUCUUUUGGUCAGAACAGGAUAUGGAAUUGAUGGUGGAUCUAAAAGUGCCGUGGCUGUCUUUGGAGCAGUUCUACCCUCUCAAGGGUCUUUACUUCCCAAAGCACAGUCAGCACUAAAACUCCCAGCCUGAGCAGAACUCUGCAAAAGGUGCAGAAGGUGGCUGUGCCCUGCUGGGAGCCAACAGUGGAUGACAAACUGGGUUUUCUGCUCUUCCAGUUUUUCAGCAGUGAAAGAUAAGAGCAAUUCCCUCUGAAAAAUCCUUUUGCUGCUUGGCUGUGCUGCAGGGCUGCAGAUUCACUCAGCAGGGUGCUCUGUCCCCUGGGCUGUGGGCAAUAACGUGCUCCAGCAGUCUGUGCAGUGGAGAAAGUCCCCAUCCUCUGUUCCUUGCUUCUUGACUUUAAAGAGGUGUCAGUACUGCCCUCUGAGUCUAUGGGCUUCUGUGGCCAUAGUCUGGAGGGACACCCAGACAAAGUAAAGAGCAGCUUUUAUUCUGCCUGAUUGGACAAAGUGAGAUUCUUGACAUGGGACACGGGUGUAGGACCAAGCACGUGGAACACAGGAGGUGCCCUGCAUUACCAGGCAGUGAAACAAGCCUUCUGCUGGGCCCCUGAUCCUGUGUUCUGCUUUUCUUUUGUGCUAUGAAUGACUGCAAGUCAUAGAGUGAAGUUCUGUUAAUUUGGAAUUCACAGAAUCACGGAAUAUUCUGAAUUGGAAGGGACUCACAAGGAUCACUGAGUCCAGCUCUUAAGUGAAUGAUUCAUAUGGGGAUGGAAAUGGUGACCUUGGCAUUACUAGGACCAAUCUGUGGCUUCUGAGAAAUGUUGUUUUGGUUAGCUUCAGGUAUCUUGCAUAUAUUGGAACAUUAGUGUGAUAUAACUAUUAUAACCAAUUAGUAUGUUUAGGAAAAAUCCUAGUUACUGCAUGAUAAAUGAUCAUUUUAAAACCUUUUCAACACAACUGAAGUGGUUUUACUUGGGCAGUACUUGUCAGAGCUGCACUGAUUUUAAACAAGACAUAUAAAGGAGCAUAUUUUUAAAUUGUAGUUCUCUUUUUAGUAUUAAAAACAAAGCAAAUUAUUCUAGAAAAAGAACUAAUUCUGGUGUUAACACCGUGAAGACGUGCAUUGAUUUGCAUUUUAACAUAAAAGUGAGAGUAAAUCAAAAAAAAAGUUGCUGAAUGAAAAGAAAUGAAUGUUUAAUCUUUUCUUCAAUUAAAGACAUCGGUAAAACAGUGUAUUUUGAGAAAGGAAUGCUUAUGUAGCUAUAAACCUGUUGAUUAUACUGAUAUCAACCCUGUACUUCAGUCUGUAUAAGGUGUGUUAUUGUCCACACAGGCAGGGCCACCACCAUGGGUUUGGAUCUGCUCCAUGUGCUUGUGGUGGCUGGUGAAUGGUGAUGGUUUAAAUUCAAUAAACACUCACAGGAAACCCUAA